GUCAGUUUGAAAAGUGGGCUGUGUCUGCGGAGCUUCUGUUUCCAAAGCAGCUCUGAAGUGGGAACUAAGUUUAAUUCUCACGAAAAGCGCAGACAUGAGUGGAGUUAAGAUGCUUUAUGUGAUCCUGGCGCUGCUUGUGACUCAAUGCGCCUCCCUCAUAAGAGUACCGCUUUAUAAAACCAGAAGUCUGCGCCGCCUUAUGAGUGACAAUGGGAGAACUGUGGAAGAACUUCGGGCUCUGGCGCAGAGUGCUGGAGCUCCGGACAGCGCGCCCUCCCCCAGCCUCCCGGUGGAGCGGCUCACCAACUUCAUGGAUGCCCAGUACUAUGGUGUCAUCAGUAUCGGGACCCCUCCGCAGGAUUUCACGGUCCUGUUUGACACCGGCUCCUCCAACCUCUGGGUCCCAUCCAUCCACUGCUCUUUCUUCGAUCUGGCCUGCUGGGUCCAUCAUCGGUACAACUCCAAAAAGUCCAGCACGUAUGUUAAGAACGGCACAGAGUUUGCAAUCCGGUACGGCAGAGGCAGCUUGUCUGGCUUCAUCAGUGAGGACACCGUCUCAGUUGCAGGUCUAUCUGUUCCCAAGCAGCAGUUUGGGGAAGCAGUAAAGCAACCUGGCAUCACCUUUGCUGUUGCUCGGUUCGAUGGGGUGUUGGGGAUGGCGUAUCCUUCCAUAUCAGUGGCUAACGUCACCCCGGUGUUUGAUACAGCCAUGGCUGCUAAGCUGCUGCCCCAGAACAUUUUCUCUGUCUAUAUCAGCAGGGACCCGAAGGCAGCAUUGGGAGGAGAGCUGGUGCUGGGGGGGGUGGACCCCCAGUACUACACUGGAGACCUGCACUAUGUUAAUGUGACGAGAAAGGCCUACUGGCAGGUUGGAAUGGAUAGAAUUGAUGUGGGCAACCAGUUGACUCUCUGCAAAGCCAGUUGCCAAGCAAUUGUUGACACGGGGACGUCUCUAAUUGUCGGUCCAGCAGCAGAAAUCAGAGCUCUUAACAAGGCUAUUGGAGCUCUGCCUCUGCUGAUGGGAGAGUACAUGAUUGACUGUAAGAAGAUUCCAACUCUUCCUGUUGUCUCUUUCAACAUCGGAGGGAAGAUUUUUAACUUGACUGGAGAGGAUUAUGUAAUGAAGGAGUCUCAGAUGGGAGUUUCUCUCUGCCUGUCUGGGUUCAUGGGGAUGGAUAUCCCACCCCCGGCCGGGCCCCUUUGGAUCCUGGGAGACGUGUUCAUCGGGAAGUACUACACCGUGUUUGACAGGAACGCGGACCGAGUCGGGUUUGCAGCUGCCAAGUAGAAAACGAAUGAAACCCGUUGAAUUUCACUUCAGUUCAUUUAAAAUAAUCCGUU